AUGCGGGCCGUCAAUUGCGCACUGCUGCUCCUAGCCGGCAGCCAGGCUGAAGACCAUUUUUUCGCCACCGACGCGACGACAGCGAUCCAGCGACUGCGCGCGGCAUUACCGCACGACGCGGCCGCCUGCACACGCGCGACGGCGCCGGACGCCCGCGUCGCCUGCGCCGAGCGCGCGUUUCUGGACCGCGCGGCGGGUUGGCUCGACUGGCACGCGGCGUUCCGGAGCGCUCCAUGCCCCAAUUUCUGCGCGACGUGCGCAAAAACGAGCUUCGCGUACCAGGGCCACCGGCGGUUCCGCAAGGGCUACGGCAACCACGUCUUCGCGUCGCUGCGCGCGCUGGUCGUGGCGAUCCAGCAAAACAAGAGCGCCGUGCUCGGGUUUGAUGAUGCGACGCGGGCGCUCAACACGCCUCAUUUGAGGUACGACGACGCGAGCGUCUGGACGCUCGACGCGCUCCGGCGCAAGUACGUCUUGUGCCGGUGCGCGCCGGCGGUACGUACCGACCGACCGCACCAGGCCCUCGCGCACCUGCCGGGCUUGGGAUUCGACGAGCGCCUGCCGCUCGCGGCCUCGGACCCGACGAAGGGCGCCGGUUUAGUGGACGUUUUGGGCUGGGCGGCGACGGGCCUCUCAUCUACACGCGUCGGCGGCGACGCAACGACGUGCGGCCGCCGCGUGGGCCACUCGGCGCUGCGGCCGGCCUUCGACGAGUUGGUGGGGGCGCCGAACGCGUUCGGGCUCCUCUUCUACGCGUUCUUCCGGCCCGCGGCGCCCAUCCGGGCCUACGUCGCCAAGGCGCUGGAGCGCAGAGCCUUCGACGUCGCCGUCCACGUCCGCAUCUCGGCGCGCGAGAACAAGACGCUCCCGCUCCAGCGCCGCGGCCGGCGCCGGCGACGCACGCCGCAGCGGCGCUUGCAAGAGACCGAAUUCGUGCGGCUCGAGGCCCAGCCCUGGUUCGAUGCUUUAGGUCGAGCGCAGCUGCCCCGGUUGUUGCUGGCGGCGGGACGUGUGUUGCGGGACGCGCCGCGGCUCGGGGUCUUCUCGGACCGGCCUCACAUAAGCCGCGCCCUCGCUGCGCGCCUGCCCGGCGCCGUGGCGCUGGAUUCCGAAGCCGACGCCCGAACUCUUGGCGACGGCGUCGCGGCGCUGACUUCCCAAGGCGACGGGCUCCGGCCUGCGGACUGGGGCGCGGCGCCGCGCUGGGCGGCGCUCGCGGACCUCUACCUCCUCUCAUCGGCGGGCACGGUGGCCUGCGCGGGCCCCUACGCGCCGUCGACCUUCUGCGAGCUCGCCGCGGCGCUGAGCGCUGUGCGCGUCGGGCUGAAGUCUCCUCGCACACGGACGGGGGCGCUCUGGCGGUCCGGCCGCAACGCGUCGCAGUUCCCCGCGCUGGUCUGGUGUCCCGCCGUGGCCCGCGAGGACUCCGACGAUGUGUCUCGAAGGCGGCGGCGGCGGUGGGCCGCGGCGCCGAGGUGCUGUGAGACGACGUUGCUCGGCUAAUAAUUUUGUGUGUGACAACAGUA